AUGCAAGCUGCUAAGAAGAAAAUUAGCAAUUUUGCUAGUGUUGCUAAGGAGCGCAUGACAAUUUGCAAAGCCAAAGUUGAAGAACAGGCAGAGUUAGCAACUGCGAGGACAGCAGAAGAGAAAGAGUUGGCCAGGGAGCGUAGAAAAGCAAAGGAAGCACAGGCAAAGUUGGAGUUGCAUCAGGCCAAAGCCAAGCAUGCAGCUGAGAAAUUGAGUUCCAAGCACCACCAACCGUCUGUGGUGGGCACUCAGCCAUUGGUUGGAACCCAUGCAAACCAGCCAGUUGGGACUGUAAUGCCUGGAACGACAGCUCCUGCACAUCCCUUAGUAGGACACCCCCUGGGCAUAAGUAUGUCUAGACAAUUAAUCAUGCAGUGCGGGGGAAGGUAG